AUGGGUGAUCAAGUGGAUGUUAUUCAAUCAAAGGUUGCGGCAUAUUCUAGUCACUUGCGGAUAAUUCGAGAGUUUUUGGACACGUUUGAAGAUAGUUCAUGUGUGUCAAUAGCGUACGCUACACAAUGGGACCCAAAGGUCUACAAAGCACACAUACAACGUAUUAAAGAUGGAAGAUCAAACCUACUUCCGAUUAAAUUGGAUGAUUUUCGUCAGUAUAUGUGUACUUCCGAGGAACUUAGUCUUGUGUAUCAAGGACUAAUGACUAAUUCGUUGAGAUAUAUUGAAAUAAUUUACUCCGCCGCAGAGUCUAUUCUGAAUGAACUCCUCCCUAUGGAUUUAUCGAAUCUUGAAAUCAUGGAUAAGUCUUUAUUGGUAGAUUCGGCGGAUGAGCAGAGACGGAAUCGGAUGAAACAAUGCAAUGUUCCUCCUCACUUAAGAUGUUCCUUCAAUAUAAGCUUUAUUCCUGGUAUUGGAAGCCCAAAUAUUCGAAUGAAAGCACUAAAUGCCGACUCCGUUGGAUGCCUAACAACUAUUGAGGCGGAAGUUACCAGAGUUGGCGCUAUCAAACCCAAAUUACAAGUUGGAACAUAUGAAUGCGAUAUGUGUCACAACCACACAUUUAAAGCGGUUGAAGGAUUUCACUUUAUGCCACUAAUAGAUUGUGCGAAAUGUAGUUCUGCUAAAAAUACUAGGGCUACGCUCAAGUUCCACCCAAAAUUAAGUAAAUUUGUUAAGUACCAGGAAUUUAAAGUUCAAGAACCGCUGAGCCAGCUUUUAGAAGGCAAUUUGCCAGUCAUGUUAAACUGUUAUAUCGCGGGAGAUUUUACUUUUUCUGAAAAUUUAACACCUGGAACCAGCGUUAAAAUAACUGGAAUUUUAACACCAAUCGCCAAAUUCGGCUACUUUGCAUCAAACCCAACAUUUUUAGCAGACAAUAUGUUUCAAGUAUUACAUUUGGAAAGUAUUAAAAAUUCAAACCAUAUAUUCGCCAAAACAAUUUCAGGGCCUCAAUUGGAAGCGCACGUGGACAAGUUGUUAAAUUCAAGUGAUUUAUAUGAUCGGUUAUCAUUCAAUAUUGCCCCGGAGAUAUAUGGCCAUGACGAUGUUAAGAAGGCACUCUUGUUACAAUUGAUUGGAGGAUGCAGCACCAAAAAAGUGGAUGGAGGCCAUAUUAGAGGCGAUAUACACAUUUUAUUGAUGGGCGAUCCUGGUGUUGCAAAGAGUCAACUUUUGAAAAAAAUAUGUUCCCUAUCAAAUAGGGCUGUUUACACAACAGGCAAGGGAUCUAGCAGUGCCGGUUUAACUGCAGCCAUUGUCAAAGAUCCCAGGACUGGAGAAACCACUUUAGAAGGCGGGGCUCUAGUAUUAGCAGAUACUGGGAUAUGCUGUAUAGACGAAUUUGACAAGAUGGAUGUAUAUGAUAGGAGUGCCAUAUAUGAGACUGUUUCAAUAGCAAAAGCUGGCCAUGUAACGGGAAUGCCUGCAAGAUGUGCUGUAUUGGCAGCAGCAAAUCCGAUUUCAGGAAAGUACGACAUUAAAAAGAGCGUAUUUCAGAAUAUAAACCUACCAGCAGCUCUUCUAACAAGGUUUGACCUACAAUUUUUACUAUUAGACAGAGCAAACAGAUCAAACGAUGUAAUGUUAGCUCAACAUGUGAUUGGUGUUAUGAGGGGAGAACCGCAUAAUAAUAAUCAAAUGUUGCUCCCGAAAGAAGUUUUUAUGGAAUUUAUAGCAAGGGCUAAACGGAUAAAUCCCAAAAUACCUCAAAGUGUUUCCGAUUUAAUCUGUGACUGGUAUGUUUCCAUGAGGGAGGUGGAGGAGAAGCAGGAUUUCUACAACGAUAAAAGGAUUAGCUACACAACUCCUCGUGCUUUAUUGGCCGUUAUAAGACUUUCACAAGCACUAGCUAGGUUGAGACAUUCAGAGGAAGUAGCACUGGAAGACUUUCAUGAAGCCAUCAGAUUGACUGAACAAUCGAAGGCUAGUGUGACAGAGGCAAUUUUGGAUCAUAGGAAAGCCAGAAAUGUCGAUUACACAACUCAGGUUAUGAACAUUUUGAGGCAUGAUUCGGAAUCUAUGAUGAAACGCAUUUUAUGGGAUGGAUGGCUGCCAAUGGCAGAUUUGAAUCAACAAACUUUGGUUUAUGGGAUUAAGAAAUCGCAAGUUUCAUCGGCUAUCCAAAAAUACAUAGAAUUGGCUGUACUAGUUAAAAGUAGCGAUGAAAAGGUAGCAUUUAUACAGGACAUUAAGGAGUAA